ACGGUAUAUUGAACCACAAGCUGCCUAGGCCAAGUUACUGGAAACGCAAAUAACUGCACUUGUGAGAGUAUAAGAAAAGCAAGAUUAAAAGUAUUAAGGAAAGACUGAGUCAAUGAAUAUGAUUGACUGUGAGUGAAAAAAUGGAUUUGCUAGCUGGAGUUAGUUUAGUUCGCUUGGUUGAUGGGUUCGUUCAAGUGGUUGUCUGGCCUUGCUUGGUCACAAUUAAUGCUCGAAGCUCUGCCGUAACUCAAAAAACAUCCCUCCGUUUUGUCUCCCCUUCUCCGUUUCUUCCAUCUAUUCUAUUCUAUUUUGUAUUGCUUCCUAGAGCCUUUCUAUCAAGCCUCAGAGCAAGUACAACGCCAGAACGGGACCGCCCACAGAAGUGAACCACACUCGUCUCCAGGCCCAUUCGAACUGGCUGAGAACCUCGCGAAAUAGAUACCGGACACCAUGAUCACCUUAGAGAUAGCAAAAUCACGGAUGUUUGC